GCAAAACAUCCAUUUCGCUUGGAAUAACCUGCAACAUCAUAUUUUCAAACCCCAUCACUCCAGCUCAUGCAAACAUGGCGGAAACCGGCGUUGCGCACAAAGUCAUCUCUGUUAUUCUCCGUCUUUCCGAACUCGCCUCCGCUAUAAUCGUCCUGGGCAUUCUCUCGCGCUUCACCUACCUUGCGGGCAUCGCGCAGGUGCAUAUUGACGGACGCAUCAUCUACGCUAUCGUCGUCGCAUGUCUCAGCAUUAUUUACUCCAUCUGCUUCUGCCCGCCGUUCAAGUCCUUGUUCUUAGGCUUUCCUUUUGACUUUGUCAUGUUUGUCAUGUGGCUCGUGGCAUACUGCUUGCUCCAGACGAGAACCGGGAGUCACACUUGCUCUGCGAGUUGGUACUACAAUUAUUGGGGCUACUACUGGGGUCGCUAUUGGCGAGUCGGACCUGUUGGGACGGUGAAUGUUAACUCGGCGGGUUGCGGCUCGUGGAGGACAGCCCUUGCGUUUUCAUUCAUUGCGUGGUUUCUCCAUCUUCUGAGUGGCAUUCUCGGUAUAUACGUUUUCCGUACCUAUAUCAAGCUCGACGAGACAAAGACCGAUUUAAAGCAACAUGCGGAAAAGCUUGCCAGGUAAGCAUGAACCAUUGCGGUAUUGAGAUGGUGGACUAAUGAUCCUUGCACUCAAGAGGGGACCCCAAAGUCCA